AUGACCGCCAGCAACCCCGCCAUGGAGACGGAUUUGGAAAAAGUGGGCAUCGACCCCUACGACUCCAAGCUCGACCAUGUCGACUCCAAGAUCGAGCCCCGCUACCUGGUGGUCUCCAGCGACACCCCCGAGGCCGCAGACGCUCCCGGGGCGGUGAAGAGAGGCCUCAAGUCCCGUCAAGUGCAAAUGAUUGUCCUCGGUGGCACCAUCGGUACCGGGCUUUUCAUCUCCACCGGUAACAUUAUCGCCCAGGCCGGCCCCGGGCUGGCAUUGAUUGCCUUUCUUUUCAUGACCACCCUUUGUUUCAGUGUCACCAUGUCCCUUGGGGAGAUGGUCGCCUAUAUCCCGAUUACGGGUUCUUUCGCCCAGUUCGCCACCCGGUGGGUUUCUCCCGCGAUCGGUGCUGCCAACGGUUGGAACUACUGGUUCUCGUGGGUGAUCACGUUCGCUCUUGAGCUUUCGAUUAUCGGCGAUGUCAUCGGCUACUGGACCCACGCCGUGCCGCUUUGGGCGUGGAUCACGAUUUUCUUCGUGGUGUUAUCAGCGCUUAAUUUCUUGCCUGUCACUUUUUACGGGGAAAUCGAGUUCUGGAUGGCGUUGAUCAAAGUGUUAGCCGUUGUCGGCUGGUUGAUCUACGCCCUCUGCAUGGUGUGUGGCGCUAACAACGUCAGAGGCGCCGUCGGGUUCCGCUACUGGCACCACCCUGGUGCGUGGGGUCCCGGCUAUAUGGUGCAGAGCGAUGUCGCUACCGGCCGCUUUUUGGGGUGGCUUAAGUCGUUAAUCGCCGCCGCCUUCACCUUCCAAGGUACCGAGACCGUCGGUAUCACCGCCGGUGAGCUGAAGAACCCGCGUAAAACAUUGCCCCUGGCCAUCCGCAAGGUCAUCUGGCGUAUCCUCAUUUUCUACGUGUUGUCGAUCUUCUUUAUCGGUUUACUUGUCCCCUAUGACGACCCUCGGUUAUCGGCUAACCAGCCCGAAGAUUCUACUAUUGCAUACUCGGCUACCUCACCGUUUAUCAUUGCCAUUUUAAACAGUGGCACCAACGUCCUCGACCACAUUUUCAACGCCGUCAUCUUAAGUACGGUGAUUUCCGCCGGUAACUCGAACGUUUACUUGGCCAGUCGGGUGUUAUACGCGUUGGCUGAGUCGUACGUGGCUCCUCGCUUUUUGAUGUGGACUCCUUAUAAGGGGGUUCCCGUGCUCUGUGUUGCCAUCCUGGCCGCAUUUGGUGCCUUGGGUUACUUGGCGGUGAACCUGGCGUCGAUGGAAGCGUUCGACUGGUUAUUGAACAUUUCUGCUACCGCUGGUUUGAUCGCCUGGGGGUGGAUCUCGGUGUGCCACAUCCGGUUCAUGAACAUCUUGCGGAGCCGAGGCAUCGACCGUAAAACGCUCCCUUUCAAAGCGCCGUUCAUGCCCUACGCCGCCUACUACUCGUGCUUCCUCAUCUUCCUCAUCGUGCUCGUCAACGGGUUCGACGUGUUCUGGGACGUCACCGCCGCCGGCUUCUUCACCGCCUACAUCUCGCCCAUCUUCUUCGUCUUCUGCUGGUUGGUGUUCACCAUCAUCUUCAACAUGCCCAAGGAAGGCCCUUGGCAUAAGCGGUUCUUUGCCGGCCUCAAAGGGUUCGACCCGCGCAAAUGGGUGGUGCCCCUUGACGAGUGUGACAUCGACACCGGGGCCCGGUACAUCGAGGACCUCGACGUUGUCGACGAGAAGCCGAUGCCGUGGUGGAAGCGGAUCUUCAAGUCGGUCUUCUAA